AACAAAAAAAAUUAAAUUAAAGUAACAAUAACAUAACAACGACAAUACUAAAAUAAUAAUGAGAAACUUGUUAGUCUCAGUUGCCGAAUCCGACGGUGUUGUUAAAAAUUCCGAUCACCGGAAGAUACCAUUUUCAGAUGUGGUGGUGACAGGGACUAGAAACCAUUUUUUGAAACGUAAUUGGCGAAGGAUAGAUAUACAAGUUUUGAUAUGGAUUGUGUUGGUUCAUUUUUUGGCACUCUUUGCACCAUUUACAUUUUCUUGGGAUGCUUUUUGGCUUGCGUUUGUUGGUUAUUUGUUAACGGGAACGUUGGGUGUCACACUAGCUUAUCAUCGUAUUUUAGCUCAUCAUAGUCUUAAACUUCCUAAAGUGCUAGAGUACACCUUUGCUUACUUUGGGGUGUUGGCCGCUCAGAGAGAUCCGAUAUUUUGGGUGAGCAUGCAUAGAUAUCAUCAUCAGUUUGUCGACUCAGAAAAAGAUGCGCACUCUCCGAUCAAUGGCUUUUGGUUUAGUCAUAUGGGUUGGCUUUUUGACAGCGGAUAUAUCCUUGAAAAGUAUAAGGAACGUAAAAAUGUGGAGGAUUUAAAAAAGCAGGCGUUCUAUAUGUUUAUUAGAAAAACAUAUGAAUUUCAUGUGCUUGGAUGCGGUGCUCUCUUGUAUGCUUGGGGUGGAUUUUCGUACCUCGUCUGGGGCCUGGGUGUUAGGACAGUAUGGGUGUACCAUCUAACGUUUCUCGUUAAUUCGGCUUGUCACAUUUGGGGAUACCAAGCAUGGAACACUGGUGAUCUCUCCAAGAACAACUGGUGGGUGGCAGUGCUUACUUUCGGAGAAGGAUGGCAUAACAAUCACCACGCAUUCGAGUUCUCAGCUCGACAUGGGUUAGAGUGGUGGCAGAUCGACAUUUCGUGGUACAUCAUAUGCUUCCUUGAAGCCCUGGGUUUGGCCACCAGUGUCAAAGUGCCAACAGAGUCACACAGGCUUAAAAAAUCGUUCCCCACCACCAGCUCACCAGAGACCAAGUCUAAAUGACUCAUUUUUAUGUUAGUCAUCACACCAAUUAUACUACUGUUAAAAAACUUUAAUUAACACCGAGAUAUAAGAUUUAUACGUAUGAUAUAUCAGGUUUUUGGUUGUAUGCAUGUGUCGUCUUUCAUUGACCAGAAUGGGCCUAGUUGCACUUUGGCUCUAGUUUUAGUUACAAAUAAAAACUAUUGCAAUAUGUCUAUGUAUUCAUCUUACUAGUGUCGACAUAGAUGUUUAUUUAAAUAAUUCUUUUUUGUAAUGUACGUUCCUCUUAAUAUACAUUUUGACCCACAAAAA